GAGAGUGAGUGACCAACAGUCAGAUGGACGAGAUCGCGGCUAAGCUUGGGUCCAAGUGGAAGACGGUGGCAGACCAUCUGGAGAUGAGCGAGAAGGAGAUCCGCGUGAUCGAGUCUGACAGCGAGGAUGUAGAGCUGCAGGCUAAGAUGCUGCUGGUGGCCUGGCAGGACCGAGAAGGCCCUCAAGCUACGAUGGAGAGCCUGGUCACGGCUCUGAACUCGGCUGGUUUCAGUAACAUCACAGAAGGUCUCAGCGAAACAUAACUCCACAUCGGCAACAUCUUCUUGCUUGGUUUUAAAUUCUGACAGCUUCUGCUGUACUUCAAUGAAAUGCAUUCUUUACAUUUUUGAAAUAAAUGUUCGUUUGAAAUGAA